AGCGGGCGCAGUCAUCGCCGAGGCGGGACUAGGAUCCGCUGUGGCUCGGAAGUCGCCUCUCUGCGGCGGCCUGGCCCGGCUCCGGCCCCAGCCGGGGCGAUGCUCCCCGAGGCCGCGGGAUGAGCCAGGGAAGGGGGCUAAGGGAGGACCCUGGACCUUCCCAGAGGAGGUGGGAUCGGCAGCAUCCCUGAGCAAUGGAGCGCUCCUCUUUCUUAGUUGGGACCUGGACUCCUCUCCUGUCCACUUGACUCGGCUGGCCUGGGCAUGGCGGACCCAGUGGCGGGUAUCGCAGGCUCAGCAGCCAAGAGUGUGCGGCCAUUCCGCUCCAGUGAGGCCUAUGUGGAGGCCAUGAAGGAGGACCUAGCGGAGUGGCUCAAUGCCUUGUAUGGCCUGGGUCUGCCUGGUGGUGGUGAUGGCUUCCUGACGGGGCUGGCCACAGGUACCACCCUGUGCCAACAUGCCAACGCUGUUACUGAGGCCGCCCGUGCUUUGGCUGCUGCCCGCCCAGCCCGUGGUGUGGCCUUCCAGGCACACAGUGUGGCGCCUGGUUCCUUCAUGGCCCGUGACAACGUUGCCACCUUCAUCGGCUGGUGCCGCACAGAGCUGGGUGUGCCUGAAGUGCUUAUGUUUGAGACUGAGGACUUGGUGCUGCGGAAAAAUGAGAAAAGCGUGGUGCUCUGCCUGCUGGAGGUGGCCCGGCGCGGGGCCCGCCUUGGCCUGCUGGCCCCUCGCCUCGUGCAGUUCGAACAGGAGAUUGAGCAGGAGCUACGCGCAGCACCCUUGGCCCCCAACGCCCCCAAUGCACCCACUUCCGAGGAGGACACUGAAGAAAUUGCCGCUGCACCAGGGGUUCCCACCCGCGGGCCCCGCAUGACGCCCAGCGACCUGCGCAACCUCGACGAGCUGGUGAGGGAGAUCCUGGGCCACUGCACCUGCCCAGACCAAUUUCCCAUGAUCAAGGUCUCAGAGGGGAAGUACCGCGUGGGAGACUCCAGCCUGCUCAUCUUUGUGCGGGUGCUGAGAAGCCACGUGAUGGUACGCGUGGGUGGCGGCUGGGACACGUUGGAGCACUACCUGGACAAGCAUGACCCUUGCCGCUGCUCCUCCACAGCCCACCGCCCACCCCAGCCAAGGACCCGCACCUUCUCCCCCCAGAGGGUGUCACCUACCCCCAGCCCCCGAGCUGGUAGCCCAGCCCCAGGGGUAGAGCGCCAGGGCUCCAGGCCUGAAGUAACACCCAUUACCUUACGCAGCUCAAAGGAGGGGCCUGAGACCCCACUCAGAGCCCGAGAUCAGCUCCCCCCUCAUCCCCGCUCCCGACGCUAUUCCGGGGACAGCGACUCCUCAGCCUCCUCAGCCCAGAGUGGCCCCCUUGGUGCCCGCAGUGACGAUUCAGGCACUGGUCCCCAGAGGGAGCGGCCCAGCCGGAGGCUGACAACAGGCACUCCAGCCUCUCUGAGACGGCCCCCUGCCCCUCGAAGCCAGUCCCGAGACCGGCUAGAUCAAGGGCGGCCCCGGGGGGCCCCAGGAGGCAGGGGAGCCCAGCUGUCGGCCCCCAGCCCAGCCCGACGGGCCCGGAGCCAGAGCCGCGAGGAGCAGGCUGUGCUGCUUGUACGGAGGGACCGAGAUGGGCAGCACUCGUGGGUGCCACGGGGCAGGGGCAGUGGGGGCUCUGGCAGGAGCAGCCCCCAGACUCCCCGUGCCCGCAGCCCUGCAGCCCCCCGGCCUCCCCGGGUCUCCAGCCCCAGUCCAGAGUUGGGCACCACACCAGCCAGUGUCUUCCGCACCCCACUGCAGCUUGACCCGCAUCACGAACAGCAGCUGUUCAGGCGCCUGGAAGAGGAGUUCCUGGCCAAUGCCCGAGCCCUUGAGGCUGCUACUGGUGGAACUCCCACAGAACCAGCCCCUUACCCAGCUCGGGCCCCAGACCCUCCAGCUCCUGACUCAGCCUACUGUUCCUCCAGCUCCUCCUCUUCGUCCCUCAGCGUCUUGGGUGGCAAGUGUGGCCUACCGGGGGACUCUGGCAGAAUGACCAAUGGGCUGCCUGGGCACCGAGGUCCAGCCCUGUCCAGCUCUUCCGAUGAAGGCAGCCCCUACCCUGGUGUUGGGGUGCUGCCAGAUGCAUCUGGGAGCCCCCUGGCUGGCCCCGAGCCCUCAAGGACCUGGGCACGGGGCCGGAUGGACACACAGCCAGACCGAAAACCCUCACGAAUCCCCACACCUAGGGGCCCCCGCCGCCCAUCUGGACCCACGGAGCCCGGGGCCUGGCAUGCCCUGCACUCCGUCAGCCCAAGGGCUGCGCCGGAUUCCUGGAUGUGAUGGAUCAGCCUAGCUGCCCCACAGGCCCCCAUUCCUUCUCUUUUUCCUUUGUGGCCUUAACCCCUCUGCAUCAGGGAAUACCCCCCCAACCCCAUGCCUCUCGGGUACCAGACCUCAUGGGACCAGACCCCUUGGGACCACAUGGCACAAUGGGACCUCUGUUGUACAUUCCGAUUGGGGGAUGAGUGUUGCUAUUUAAUUACUAAUAUUAUUGAAUGCCUUAGAGGAGGCUGGACCAGCCCAAUGAGGACCCUUCCUGAGGUCCUGUGGCCCUGCAGAGCCUGACAGUAAAGUUUUGUUCCAGC